GACCGUCCGUCGUAGAGUGAGAGUGAUUGAGGUUAGAAUCUGCACUUGGCCGACCACGCGGCCGUCGUAAGACAUCGUCUACGAUCAUCCCUUUGCGUUGUACGCUCAGUGUGCUGCCGUCGACUCCGCGAUCGCGGGUACCGCCGAAAGUGUUGUCUAGGGGCGCCUUAACAUGGAUCUCUCGCUGAGAAACGUUUGGAUGCCGUCCAACCUCUUCGCCGCUCUAUUUCUGGGACUCAUAUUAAGCGGUACGGUUGUAACAUCUGCGCACCCCAGCACCCAUCAUGAAUUUGGUGUGUAUCCUGCAGUGAUGGCAUUGAAGGAUAAUAAUAUACUAUCACCAGAAGGUGGCGAAGGAUUGAAGAUCAAGGAGAUCAAAGUGCCAGACGUGGUUUUGAAUGGCACCAAGCCUGUGGUUCUGGACUGCGAUUACGUUCUGGACGAUCCCUCAGGACUCGUUGUAAAGUGGUUCUUUAACAACCACCCGGCACCUGUCUAUCAGUGGAUCUUCAAGCAGAAACCACAGGUCCUGGGAGUCCUCAAGGGCAAGAUCAACCUCAACUACCGAGCCACCAAUGAGGAUUCCACCAUGUAUCGUGCUAUAGAGAUCAUCACCCCCACCAUGGAUCUGUCCGGGGAGUACAAGUGCCUCGUGUCCACAUUCGACAAGGAAGUGUCCAAGUCGAAGAAGAUGGUUGUAUAUGUGCCGGAAAAGACUUUGGAGGUGACUCAGGACAAACCAAAAGAGGACAGAGUCAACAUCACGUGUGAAGCUGAAGGCGUCUAUCCUGAACCCAACAUGACCAUUACUGCUUUAGAGAGCAAACACACCGGGUUCAUCCAGGUAACAACGAGGAAACAGAACAACUCCUCCCUGUUCGACAUCAAGGGGACGCUGAGCGUUGAUGACGUAGAGCUCAGUUCCCCCACAACAUUUGUCUGCGAGUUGAGUAUCCCAGACGCCAACUACUCUAACCGCAGGGAGCUUGUCUACUUCCCUGGACCCCCCACCACGCCCUCAGUGUCCGACCACAUUGCAGAAUCUCUGCCUUCCUCAGGGGCCAGCGGCACUACGUUAUCACCUUCAAUACUGACAGUAGUGUCACUUUUCCUCAGCAUACUAGUUAGCAGAACAGGCCUAUGAGUUUAAACUUCUUCAACUUGAAAUGGAGGUCUUCCAAAGGAGUGUCGGACUUGUUACCAAUUUACGACAAUACCAACUGUGCGGGAAUAAAAAAACCGUCUCGGUCGGACCAGUGAUACCGACAGUGUGGCUGAACUGCUUCAGUAUGUUGGACACAUAACAGUGACUAAUUUUUUGUUGUUACAGUUAAUGAAUGUACUAUCUUUAUUGAGCAUGUCCAUAAAGCCUUCAUAUAUUGGUGUUGAAAAUUUUUUGAACGUAAUUUUACAAACUUUGUAUCACAACUUAUGUGAUUUGAGCCUUCUGAGCGAUAGUUUAUUAUAAAUUAAGAUUGUUUGCCAAACGAUGAAGGCUUUAUACGACCAAAGUUGUCUGUUACCUUGUGAUUUGUACAAAAAUUAAUUAGCUUUGCACUUGUACAUAUACAUUACAACAUUAUAGUAUUUAUUAUUUAGUCAAAUUUAAAUUGAAACAGGGUAAUUAUUACAUGGUAGAGUUUACUUUUUUCACUUCUUGGGAUAUAAUUUUCUUUACUUUUUACUUAUAACGGAGAUAUUUCAUAAGACAUAUUUUUGAAGAAUAGAAUACCUUGUUAAACAAGAAAAGUAUAAUUGUUAAAAUGCAAAUAAAUAUAGCAAUUCGUUUUGAGGAAAUACAAUUGAUAUAAACGAUUAAACAAAGACAAGUUUAUAUUUACAUGUGAGAAAAUACAGGUGUUAAACACUCUAAAGUUGAUGUUUAAGUAAGUAUUCUAGUAUUGUUUCUAGUCUUGUUGAAUUUGGCUGUUGAUGUUAAAUGCGUGUUUAAUUGAAGGGGUGUAUUAAGGGUUGUAAUUGUACUUACAUUAUUUACUAUGAGUUUUAUUGUACGAGUUACUUUAUUUAAUGUAUAUCGUUAAACAUGUUGCACCAAAGAUAAUUAACACUAGUUUUGUAUGGAAGAGAUGUUGUAAAUAAUAUUGUCUAAUACACUGUUGUACUGCAAAUGUUUUUCCAAGCUGGAAACCAAAUAAUAACUGACAAUGUGAUUAAUUAUAAAAUUCUUUUUAAAUACGAAUUGUUUGGCUAUAAGAUUACUUCAUACUUAUAUUUUUUCAUUUAAGUUUUUACAGUUACAUUUAGUGUGUUUUGUUUUUGACCAUAUAAACACUGUACAUUGUAUAGUUAGAUUUAUGAUGGUAUGUGUAAUAGAAAAAUACAUUUUUA